GUGUGUGCAGACAGUCCGGACAGGAGCAGGAGGAGCACCGGGUUUACAGCUGCACUUUGGGACAGUCAGAGCCGGGAAAACUGCAUCCAAUCCGUGGAGAACCCAUCAGGAGGACUCUACCAUGAGCUGGGGCACGGAACUGUGGGACCAGUUUGAGAAUCUGGACAAACACACACAGUGGGGCAUCGACUUUCUGGAGCGCUAUGCCAAAUUUGUCAAAGAGCGACUGGAGAUCGAGCAGAACUAUGCCAAGCAGCUACGGAACUUGGUAAAGAAAUACUGCCCCAAGCGCCCCAAAGACGAAGAACCCAGGUUCACAGCAUGUCUAUCGUUUUACGCCAUACUGAAUGAGCUGAAUGACUAUGCAGGCCAGAGGGAGCUGGUCGCCGAGGAGAUGGGCCACAAAGUGUAUGGAGAGCUAAUGAGGUACGGCCAGGACCUCAAGGCUGAGCGCAAACAUCAUCUGCAGGAGGGCCGGAAGGCUCAGCAGUACUUGGACCAGUGUUGGAAACAGAUGGACAGUAGCAAAAAGAAAUUUGAACGAGAAUGCAGAGAAGCUGAGAAAUCCCAGGUGACCUAUGAGAGAUUAGAUAACGACAUCAAUGCCACAAAAUCUGAAGUGGAAAAGGCCAAAAGUCAGUACUACCUUCGGACACACAUGGCGGAUGAGAGCAAGAACGAAUACGCAGCACAACUUCAGAACUUCAACGCGGAGCAGUGGAAACAUUUCAACAACGCAAUACCACACAUCUUCAAGAAUCUCCAGGACAUGGACGAGCGGAGGACGGUGAAGCUGGGGGAGACCUACAGGAGUUUUGCAGAAGCAGAGAGAAGAGUUAUUCCCAUCGUUUCAAAAUGUUUAGAGGGAAUGGUGUUGGCCGCCAAAGCUGUAGAUGAAAGAAAAGACUCGGGCAUUGUUGUGGAAUCCUUUAAGUCGGGCUUCGAACCUCCAGGCGACUUUCCUUUUGAGGACUUCAGUCAGACCUUGAACAGAACGAGCUCCGAUUCAACGAUCACCACCACCCCCCGAGGAGAGAAAGAGGUCACCCAGGGGUCACGGCCCGACCCCAGACACAUGAACAGAACCAAAAACAAACUAUGGCCUUUUGGCACCAAGAAACCCAAGGGCCCACCCCCAGAGGAUUUCAGCCAUUUACCCCCUGAACAGAGAAGGAAGAGGCUGCAGCAGAGGAUAGAUGAACUACAGAAAGAACUACAGAAAGAAGUGGAUCAGAGAGAGGCCCUGAACAAGAUGAAGGACGUGUACGGAAAGAAUCACAAGUUGGGUGAUCCCAGCAGCCUGGAACCCAAGAUCUCAGAAACUAUUUGUAACAUGGAGAAGCUGCGAUCAGAAAUACACAGACAUGAGACUUGGUUGGCUGAAGUUGAGGGGAAGCAGAGCAGAGGGGACAGACGACACAGCGCUGACAACCACCAUCACGCACCUCCCGGAAGAGAGAGUCCCGAGGGAAGUUACACAGAUGACACGAGUCAGGAGCACAGCACCCCUCAUCACCGCUCCCACCCCCCACCCACGGGACACAGACCCUCAGACAACACUCAUGAGUCCGAUGACGAGUUUGACGAUGAUGACCCCCUGCCUGUCAUUGGACACUGCAAAGCUCUUUACUCAUACGAUGGUCAGGACGAGGGGACGCUAGUAAUGGCUGAAGAUGAGGUGCUGUACGUGAUUGAGCAGGACAAAGGCGAUGGCUGGACUCGAGCGCGGAAGCAGAGUGGAGAGGAGGGUUACGUCCCCACCACUUAUGUAGACAUCACCAUGGAGAAGAACUGUAAAGGUGCUGUUACCUACAUCUGACCCUGUCCUCACCCCUGUCCUAUCACAACCCCCUCCCCCAAACAGACUGUACUCAUCUGCUGCAUGGACACAUCACUCGGCCCUCUCUUCCUCUGAAUAACCUCUCCACCUGUUUCUAUUUCUCAUUGUCUCAUUCGUCUUCCAUCAUGUACAAAGAGGUGAGUGUCAUGUUCAGUGUGUGUUUGUAAAGAGGUUUCUACUGCUGUUUGAGCCCCAUGAGUAUAGACUGUCCCAGAGUCACACAACCAAAAUUACAAUAUUUGACAUGAGGAGAACAUGAGAAGGUGUAGUGUUAGUUAAAAGUGCUUAAAGGGCCCAUAUUACCGGUACAAUAUUUCCUGAUCUAUGAUCACAAUUGUAAUGGUUCCUCAUCACAAACAUAUCUGGAGUUGUGUUUUGUUUCAUUCACAUGUUUAACUCACAAAUCCUGCAUAUUUAGACUGAGUUCUUUUCUUAAACAGAAAACACUUUGUUCCACCUUGUGAUGCCAUGUGGUAAAACACGACACUGUGUUUUUAAACUCCAUACACCUUUGCUAGAAUCAUCUGGAUGAUUUCAGCCCUGGAAUUGCCAAUCUCCACUGAACUAAAGUUGAAAGGAGCUGUUGACUUGAAAAGUAUCGCACAACACAAGGUGGAACAGAGCAUUUUGAGCUUUAAAGAUGUAGACAGACUAAUCUUAAAGGAUUACUCAAACAUGCAGGAAUGAAACAAAACACAACUGCAGGUAUGUUUUUGAUGCGGUAACAGCAUUGUAACGUGACUAAAACUCACAAGAGUCAUUUUUAUGUAAUCUUGGACCUUUAACAAAAAUGAUUUCAUUUGAUCAACUGGGCCAACAUUCCCAGAGUGAAUACUUUUUACCACUCACGCAAACUGUACUAGUUCCUACUUUUGCUAUGGACCCUAUCUGAACAACUGGAGGAUUACACAGACAACUAGGAAUGCUAUUUUCCUGAUGAGAUCUACCUGGGAAACUGAAUGUUCUGUAGAUUAUUAGUUUGUGCAACACUCAGGUGAUUGGAUAGGUUGUGGUGGAACUAUGAUUACAUCUAUAAUUACUUUCACUAGGUGGCCUUACAUAGCUAAGUAAUGGAAAAAGCUUAUGUUAGAUAACGUAUACCUUGCAUAAUUCAAAUAUCAAAUAAACUUAAGUUCGCACCCAUAGACUGUACAAAUGAAUAAGUGGACAUAGCUAACUGUGCCAUCGUGUCCCGAAGAGGAAGUGAUCACAGGCGCACUUCCGACUCCAUUGACUCUGGCACCAUUUCACUUUCCAUUGAAAAAUUCUCUCUGGGCUUAAAAUGUUUGUAUUAACAUUCACUCUACAUGAUUCUGGUAUUUUUAUUUCACAGUUGUGUCAAGAUAUGAACAUUAAUAACAGACAGAUCAGGCAUCUUCUUUUCCUGAGGUCGCUCCUGCUAGCGUUAGCAACAGGUUUGAUUGACAGCAUUGCUAAAUGCCCGCUCCCUGCUAAACCAGCGGUGUGGGCAGGAAGGGGCAUUACGUUCAACGAUCUCGCUCCAGAUUGGGUCUUUGGUGUUUAUGAUUAUUGCUGUUGGUAUUCCAAAUGUGGAAUUCGGCUCCAAAUUCACCAUAUAACUGCUCUAGCCUCGAUGAGCUUGAUUUGACUCGAGCCGAACGCUAGUCCACUUAGUCCACUUCUUUAUACAGUCUAAGUUCACACCUGAGCUAAAGGCACGCAGUCUUGUUGUACUACACCUCUUUUCAAUACAGUGACAAGAUUAGCUGAUUUACUAACAAUAAUACAAUCACUAAUAUCACAAAAUCAGUCAAAGUUAUGGAAGCCAAAUUUCACCUUCCUCAUGUAUUUCUUGAACCAUAGAACAGAAAGUAAUACAUAUUGUAACAUUCUUUGUCAAUGACUCUGGGCUUUAACCACAUCUAAUCGAUCAAAGUGUUUUAUAAAUACUUUUAUAUGAUAUUAAGAAACAAAUGUUGUUUCGCCCAUGCAAGUAUUUUGAUUUUAAGCUGUAGAUUUGACCUGGUUUUAACAUGCUAUUGGAAUAAGGUAUUGAUUUUUACUUUCAUAAUUUGCUUUAUUUAUGUCAUAACAGUGUGCUCUUGUCUAUUUCUGUCUGUCAGAUAUUGUCUUCCAUUUACAUAACAAACCUCGGACUUUUUUGUUUUUUUAAAUCAAGUAAAAUGAAAUGUAUAGUUUUUAUGUAUUGUAAAUGUGACUAUCAUCUUGACAUUCUACUAUUAGACAAAGGAGCAUCAUUAUAAUUCCAUAUCUGCAACUUUGGGUUUGGUUACUCCAUCUAUGAAAGGGGAUAUCAUACAGUUACAUAAGAGAAUAUCUUGCUCCCUUUCGUAAAAACACAUCUGGUUUGUCAUAUUGUCAUUUGAUACGUUUUUCACUGAUUAAAAAAAACAACUUUGUGCACUGGUAACUUAAACUGUCUUGUCUCAUCAAAAUAUGUGUUUGAAUGUGUGUGUUUUGUAGUAACUUCUUUCUUCUAUGUGACCGCAGGUUCCUGAGGGCUGCAGGGUGGCCGGGCGUUUUGAUUGGCUGGUGGAGGGCUCACGCUGAUUGCUAGUAAUUAAGCACUGGGCUUAAGGGAGACUGUAUAGAGAGGCAGGGGAUAACCACUUAGUGUUAUGGGAGGCAGGUUUGCACGUUUGCAUGCUCACAUCCAUCCAAGCAGCAAUGCGUUCAGGGUCAGAGACCAUAGAAACACAAUUUACUGCCAGAUAAUAACACAACAUUGACCUGUUUGAGAUUCUGUAAUCCCCUAUUUGUCCAGUAGAGGGACAAUGCACAGAGGUUUCAGCGGUAGAUAUCUGGACACUGUUUUUGCCAUUAUUAAUGUUUGGGGGUUGGAAUUAUUUAGCUCAGUGUUGUAUAAAUCUCUGUGUUUCAAGCCAGUACCAUCAAAUGUAAAAUGGCUUCUGGAUUUGAGCUGAUUCAAUUCAAUCUUUAUUAAGAAAACAGAAUAUCUAGUUCAUAGUGAAAAGUUUUGAUCACAAAAACAGCGUUCAGACCCCCGCUUGAACCUACUCUACACUAACAUAACUGAAGUCAGAGCCAUCUACAAAGUGCCAAAAUCAGGGCUUACAUCAGUGGUUCCCAACUCAGGUACUAAGCAAAUAAAUCUACAAUAGUAUAUUGUCAAUUAUAGCUAUUAUAUUUUCUUUAUUUAAUCCUAUUGAAAAGUCUCUAAAACGUUUUUAAGGAAGAAUUUACAUCAAAGAACAUUUUAAAUUUCAAAUACUAGAUCCAAUUUCACCUUAUAUUAAAAUCCUCUGAUUGGGUAACACUGGUCUACAUAUAAAACAUUAUUUUAAUUACAAAAAUCUGAAGAAAGUUCAAAUUUAAUGUAUAUACCAGGUAAUUAUAUGUAUAGAAAGUAAAAUGGAUUUCAUUAACUACAAAAAUGCAUAACGUGGAGAUUUUAAUUGAGACAAGAGUGAGACAUUGCAAAAGUCUUCUUAAAAUGCUUCAGCUAAGGGAUUUUAAUUUACAACAUUUUUAAGUUGAAUUUAUUAUUUAUUAAAGUGAAUGGAUAAAUAGACCUACAUUAGCUGAAGUUUAACAUAUCUCUGACUCUGAAUCACAAAGAUCGUAAGAGUUACCUGAAAAAUAAUAAGUAAAUGAAUAACUAACCUGGAGUCAAGUGGCGCUUUUGCUUAGAGCACUUAAAGACCAAAAUGACAUCAGAUUAGGAGAACCCUUUUGGCUUGAUUGCUUGACCCCGCCAUUUUAACGAGAUACCGCCCAUUUGAUUAGCUAACAGUAAAUGUAGUUGAGCGAUAUUAUAUUGUAGCGUUCUGAUGUAAGGAAACGUUGAAUCUCACGUUGAAUCUCUUCUAAUUAUUUAUUUUUUGAACAUAAGAGCAAAACAACAGCAGUCUCAACUCACUAGAGCCAGUCUCCGAAACAGACCAGUCACUGACCAGUCGAAACCUCACAUCAACUCGUCGACAUAGCAACCAAGUGUCACAUAGAAAAGCACUUACGUAAACAACAACAGUAAACAGAAACAACAAAAGGUGUCAACCCUGAACUAAACACAAAAUAUCACAUUACAUUCUAUUCACUACAAUCUAACCCAAAAUAUCUGCAGAUUAUAGUAACUCAUAAACAAGGUCAGUGUUGCCUGCCUAAACAUAACUAACCCUGUGCUUGCUCAUGUGUCUGUGUUCUGCCUGUGCCACUCUGCUCCUCACUCCGCCUCAUGUCACUCAAACUGCACACGCUCAGUUUACGUCUGUGUUCAUACGUUAACAGCAUUUGUUACAGGCCGAUUCCACUCCUGACAGUGGACCUCAUGGGACAUCUGUUGGACAAAAUGGUUCAUACUAAAUUUAAAGGUGCACUAUGGAAGUUUUCUUUCUGGUGGAUGAUCCGUCCAUGGUUAUUGCUUUGUCUGUAAUGUUCCACGAUAUGGUGUUCAUGGGUUUCAAACUAAUUAUUCCUUCUUGAUUUUAAGGAUUUUGUGAUGCUUUUUCCUCAUUCAAAAGAUGUCAUAUUUAGAUUUUAUGUUUAAUUGCCACGGUAAUGGAGAUUUGUUGCUAUAGCUUCAAACCCAUAAAUAAAGUCUAUAUAUUAUACCAUUACAGAUAUUUAUUGU